AUUCUGGUCAUGUCCCUUUUCCAUGGCUUCAACUUCUUUCAGAUGCCCUCUGACCCUCCAACUGUUGGCAACCUGAACCUUCGUCGAGGAAUAACCUUUCUCUCGCUUGUCGCGAUGACCUUGUUCAACCUCAGUCAGCUACCUAUAUUCAUGGAGGAGCGUCUGGUCUACUACAAGCAUUCAUCUGCCCAAAGCUUUCGCACAUACACCUACCUGUUGGCCCAUGUGUUGGCUGGAGCUCCCUUUUCAAUCAUAGAGGCAACUGUGUGGUCCAUCGUCGUGUAUUUUUUGGCUGGAUUUUCACUCAGUGAUGGUGGUGUCCACUUCUGGAUUUUCUAUGCCAUUAUGAUUCUCACCGUCCUGCAUGGGUCAGCCAUGGUCCGUUUCAUUGCCUUCUCCACCCGGAAUCCUGCUGCUGCUGCCUUCUUUUCUGCACUUCUUGUGGGCCCUUCCGUUUUCCUCUUCAUUCAUCUCCUCAUUCCCCAAUCCCUCAUCCGGGGUUACUGGAUAUGGGUGUACCGGAUUGAUGCUCUACAGUGGGCUGCAACCAUGAUGCAAGUCAAUGAAUUCCGCAGCAGCAAGUUCAAUACUCCUUGCACAGAAGUCCUUCCGCCUACAUAUCUCAUGCCCAGCUCAUCUGUUUCCAACUCCUCAGCUGCCUUCCCUCUCUUGCCAUUGAGUCCUUAUCCAUUCUGUCAAGCCUACCCAACUGAAGCAGUGGGGAUGGCAUACCUGAAGGCCAGCGGUUGGAAUUAUGACUGGAUCGUGUUUCUUAUUGGUCCACUUGUGCUUGUCGCCUGGACCAUUCUCUGGACCCUGGCUAGCUAUAUCUGCCUCCUUCCAGGGUAUUACCAUCAGCACUUUCCGCAUCCUAAAAUACUGCCACCAAGCUGCCUGGCAGCCAAAAGUGAGUCCAAGGAGUCAGCUUGUGCCAAUGGCAUCAGACCUGCUACUGGUAUAGAUGUGUUGCCAUCAGAGCCUCGCAAUGGCCAUGAUGUUGCGGUUGAGUUUGGGGAGAUAGAAGCCACGAAUGGCGAGUCGGAGGGAUGGCAGGCUGUAUGUCCACCGUUUCAGCCAGUGGUGAUGGCAUGGCAGAAUCUUUCCUACAAGAUCACAUCCGUCCAUUCUGAUAGAGACAUGGAAGUUCUGAAAAGCAUCUCAGGCUGGGUCAAGCCUGGUGAGAUUACAGGGAUUGUGGGAGGAAGGGGUGCAGGCAAGACAAGCCUUCUCAAUUGUCUUGCUGGGCGGAAGAUUCGUGGGCGAAUCACAGGCCAGUUGUCGGUCAAUGGUCUGACUCGUGACCUUGAAUCAUUCAUCCAAUGCAUGGCAUACAUUGAAGGAGGCCAUCAGCACUACCCCUAUCUUACAGUUCGAGAGAGUCUUAUGUAUCGAGCCGACCUUCUGCUGCCACAAUCAGUGUCGCGCAAAUCACGUAACUCGUUUGUGGACAAGAUUCUGAAGGUCACUCGAGUACAUGACCUUGCAGAUUAUUUGGUAAAUGACCUCCUUACUUCAGGUGGCAGCGGUCUGGUAUUUACAGAAAAGCGAAUCGUGCUGGCCAUGGAGCUUUCAGGAAACCCCUCGGCUCUUUUUCUUGACACCCCCUUCAUUGGCAUGGACAUGCAGCAGAUUGUGCAGUUUGCAGAGAUUUUAGACAGCGUGGCAACAGGUUGGGGCAAGGCCAUGGUAGUGUCAACCAACGUGCCAACAGUGGUUCAGCUCAACAGCUUCGCUUCUGUGCUCAUGCUACGCAGUGGAGGUGAAAUGGUAUACUUUGGACCUGCUGGUCGAUUUGGCUCUGCCAUUGUGGAAUACUUCCAGUCCAUACCUGGCACUCCCAUGCUCCCUGACAACAUGAAUCCCAUCAGCUUCUUACAGUAUGCAAUGGGAGAAGGCGUUUCAGAGUCUGUAGCUGCACGUGACUAUGCGUUUGAGUAUCGAAUCAGCACCCUGGCCAUGAGCAACGCCCAGCACCUGCGGAAGCUUCGUCGCAAUCCCAACUCCUUCUAUGCUUCAGAAGCAUCAGACUCAACUGCUGCUAUGCCAGCACUUCCUGGAUCUGGCCAGGUGGCUGCGCGUUCAAACCAAGGCAGAACAGAUGCCAGCACUGUACUUGCCAGUGAGGAACCUUCUUUGCAGCCCAGGAAGCCUGGAAACGCUCUGAGCCCCACCUCAACGCCUACUUAUGAGCCAGAAACUUCAAUGAAAGACACACUACAAAGAAGUCGCUGGUGCCUGCCGCAGUCUCUUUACAUGUCGCGUCUGGCAAAGGUUUAUUGGUCCAUCAACGUCCUCUACUGGCGGAACACCUCUUAUACCCUGUCCCGUGCAGUUGUCGCUUGUGUCCUGGGCCUCGUUAUUGGCUCCCUCUUUUUCGACCUACCCUGCUCUACUCUCCUCCAGAUCUCAGCGCGUGCUGGAUUUGUGUUCACACUGCUCAUCUUUGGGCCCACCUCUAAUGGAGGAACUGUGGUGGGAAUGCUGACACGCAUCCGCCAUGUGUUCAACAGAGAAAGGCUCAAUAAACAGUACUUUGCUUCAACAUACAUCAUCUCCUUCACACUGGUUGAGAUUCCGUAUCUUAUUGUAACGACUCUGAUAUUUAUUGUCAUAUCAACGGGCCUAGCUCAAGUUGCAGUUUCCAGCUUGUCACAGUUCUUCGCAUUUUGGUUCUCCCACUUCCUUUUCUCCCUCGGUAUCACCUACCUUGGGUUUCUUCUUUCAGUGGCUCUUCCAAACCCAAGACUUGCAUUCAUGCUCGUGCCUAUGGUGUCUGGAGUAUGGAUAAGCACUGCAGGAUACGUGGUCCCAUACAGUUUAAUGCACUUCUUCUUCAGGCCAUUUUAUUGGACCAACCCUUUACAG